AUGUCAACCUUUACCGCACACCUGAACAACAUCGCCCCGGAACUGCUCUCCCCCUCCUCCCAACCCCAUAACCAUCACAACCCCCACGCCGUACCCUCUCCCCUCGACACAUCCGCCCUCUACCGCCUCCUCCAAGACCAAAUCAUCACUCUAGCCUCGACAGCCCCGACCCAAGACAACCGCUCCUUCCUCCUCUCCCUAGUCAACCUCUUAGAAGAGGACGUCGCGCACCCGCCGCGCGAGAUCGAGGGCGUGUCGCAGGAGUUCCUAGACGGGCUGGACCGCGUGUCCAAGGGGGAGCUCAAGCGGGAUGCGGAGCGCGGGGAGAAGGACGUAUGUCCUAUUUGUGCGGAGAAGUUUGUCGACGAUGAGUAUCCUUUGGUAGUGGAGCUUCCGUGCAAGGGCAGGCAUCGGUUUGACUUGGAGUGCGUUGGGCCGUGGUUGCGGGCCAAGGGGACGUGUCCUAUGUGUAGGGAGGGGAUGAGGAAGAAGAAGGAGAAGGUGGUUGUGCAGGAAGAUAGUGAAGAGGAGGAUAUGGAUGGGUUGUAUGGGUAG